CAAAGGGGAGGGUCGACGAUCUCUGUCGUUUUGUUCUGCUGUCACGGACACUAAGCAGGUUCUCCAAGGCAGGUCCACAGCUGGCAAAGGCGCUCGAGGACAGUUUGAAUUUACUUACCUGGGACCCACUGACCUUCCGGCGUAGUCUGCACGUGCUGGAGGGCGCGGGUGGUCGGAAUCAUGUGGUCAUGGGCGGUCUGGGGCAGCCUCUUCGUCGCCGUCGCCGCCUCCGUGGCCGCUCGCAGGAGGUCUCGGCCCGAGCGAGAGAUUCAGGCGGCCGGGCAGGUCGUGCUGAUCACCGGAUGCGACAGCGGGAUCGGGUACGCCCUGGCUCUGCGGGCACGGGCGUGGGGCUUCACGGUAGUCGCCACCUGCCUCUCCACCCUCUCAAUCCCCGCCCAGCAGCUUCAAGACGCGGGCGUUAUCGUCGUGUACCUCGACCUUCGCCGAAUGGAGGGCGUCGAGAACCUGAAGAAAACCGUCGCGCGCCUUCAGGAGGAGCGUAAGAAGCUCUGGUGUCUGGUAAACAAUGCUGGUGUUCUGACCUACGCGCAUUGUGAGUGGCAGACGACUCCCAUGGUGACCAGCCAGGUACUUGUCAACUUAACCGGAGCCAUUCUGCUAACUCGCGACCUUUUGCCUGUCCUCAGAAGGAACAAAGGUCGCGUGGUAAACGUCUCCUCGCCCUCUGGUCAGGUGGCCUCGCCCUUCAUGGGGGUGUACUGCGCCAGCAAGUGGGGCUUGGAGGGCUACAGCCAGGCCCUUCGUCGGGAAGUAGCGCCCUUUGGAGUCUCCGUCGUUGUGGUCCGCCCUUGUAACCUACCCAACCGCACGGGCAUCUUGGUGGCCAACGCGGACCAGCUCCUCACCAUGAUGGCGGAGGCAGCGCCCGAGACCCGUGAGGACUACGGCCCUAUGAUCGAGCGGAUGCAGAGGACCUUCCAGCAGUGCUUUGAGGGCGUGGCCGAGGUGCAGGAUCUCCGCGACGACCACCUGAUGCAGUGCUUUAGAUAUGCCAUGAUGCUGGAACGCCCCGAAGGCUGUCUAUUCAGCAGCGCCCUUUCGUAGUGAGGUUCGCCCUGUCGCUGUUCCAGAUCAUCCCUACGUCUUGGUUGGACGCCAUCGUCAGCAGAGACCUCCAUAACUCCGUCCUGGGUCUCGCCGCUAACAAGUAGUCGAGGGGGUUUCAGGGUCGUAGGGACCUCGCUUGCUAUUCCAUUU